CGGGAGCUGUCGGGCCUUCGAGUGCCUGACGCCGUUCAAGGUGAGCGUGGGCUUGCUGCUGCGCAACUACUGUGUCCACGUGCGCGGCUUCGAGAACGAGCCCGACAACGAGGAGCACCUCAUGAGUGCUCGCCAACGCACCAAGUUCUGUCUGCUCCUCCUCCGACUCACACAGGGUUCGGAUUUGCCGCUCAAGUCGUUGAUGCGAGAGUUGUUGGACCCGGCCCAUGGGUUGCCCCCGUCGCUAUUGAGUUGGUGGAAAUCCAGUCUGUCGGCCAUUCAAGACAAGGGCGUGUGUGGCCUAAUGGACGCCCUGGCCCAUCUGGCCCUCAUCGUCUCGGAAGAUGUCCAGUAUCCCAUCUUGGGUCGAGCCUCCGUCUUUGCCAUGUUCCUCCGUCGAAUCACGAUCUAUGGCGAUCGUUUGGGCUUCUCCGAAGCCGCGUCUCUCACGGCCAACAUUGUGGACUACAUUCGCUACGGCGGACCCGCAUACCAUCAAAUCCCCACCUCGACCCUGGGCGAAACGGACGGUUUGCCCGAGGAUCUGGAGAUGAGCUUGUGCAGCUCGGAGGUGGCCAAGAUCAAUCACGCCCCGAUCUCGAUCUUGGCCGAGGAGUCCGCCCCAUUAUCCCCCCUUUCCCGGGCCGAUCCGGCCUCCGUGGUUCACACCCGACGCCAAGCCGAGUUCUACAUUGCUCAACAGGUGGAGUUGGUUCAAAACGCCGAGAUUCACGCGGAUCCCGUCCGAGUCAUCGAGGAUAAGGUCGAGCGCAUCUUGAAGAGCAACUCGGACCUAGCCGAGGCCUAUUUCUUACUCUACUUGAACGCCCUGCGAUGCAAUGAUUUUUGCGGAGCGCGUGCCAACUUGAAUCGCGCUUUCGAGAUCGGGUUCCCGUGUCAUCGAUCUUCGAGCUCGGUGUACGCUGGCGAGGACCUGAUUCGAGACCCUCGAUAUGCCGCCCUGAACCUGGCCGGUCUUCACGCUCAUUUUGGACACACUCAGCCGGCCUUGACGGCCUUGCAAGAGUGCACAACCUCGGCCCAGGAAGCCAACGAUCUCCCUUGUCUUCAACACGCUUUGGCUUGGCGACUAACAGUGGACAAGAAUAUGAGUGGUCCCGAUCGAAUGAGCUUGCUCCAAAGUCUUCUUGACAAGUCUCUGGUCCUUCAAAUUCCGUCCCUCAUUGGCUUUGGGUACCAGAAUUUGUCCAAAAUCAUCGCUUAUGGAGGCGACAAAGCGACUCCGUACGAGGUGUGCAGGAAAAUCAGUCAUGCCGAGCAAAUGGGCGAGCAAAGUGAGGUGCCCGAUCUCCUCACCGGAAGCAUGUGGGAAAAGUCCGUGUUCUGGGCCGCAUUGGGCCAAGGUUACCUCUCGGCUCAGGCCUCGCAAUUGUUGUUGCUACUGGAUACCUCCAGUCCGUCACGAGACGGGCACUUUAUUGUGUCCGAGAACGUGGCCUGUUCCUUGGCCACCAUGGCCAGAAAUCUCUUUGACACCGGACAUGGCAAGGCCGCCGAUCAAGUGAUUGCGUUAGCCAAGCACCUCUUUCCAAAUCAUUCUUCCCCCAAUGGAACGCGGUGGCGAACAUGUCAGAUUGAAAUCGAGUUCAGACGAUCACUCUACGAAACCAAUUGGGUCUCGGCUCACAAAUGGAUCCUAGCCAUGGAGCCUCUGGACAGCGUGAAUGCCAUUUUCAUGUCGGCUGAGCUCUUGGUCUGGCGAGGCAAUGUCCAAUCUUUGGGCUCCAAACUGGACACGAUCUCGCCCAUGAUGGACGAGGAGGGCAAACUGUCUGCCUUUCAGAAGAUUCGCUAUCACAUUUACCGCUCCGAAUGGUACUGUCUUAUGGCCAGUUAUUCAUACGCCUUCGAGUCCCUCCUCAGCGCCAUCAAUCUUAGUGUGUCCUUGAAAUACGAGUACAUGGAGAAACUGGCCAAGCUUCAUCUGGCGCACGUCCAACUUCAAAUUGGUCUACCAUUGGACGCGUUGGAUGCACUGGAAUCGACGAUGCCCAUUCUUUUGCGCCAUGAUAUUGUCUUUGAGAGUUCACGAGCCUUUCUCCUAUUGGCCAAAGGACUUGUGGCCUCUGCCCCCAAAGGCCAAACGGAAGAGCGACGGAUCGUGUUGAGCAAGGCCAUGUCUUCCUUGCAAAAGGCCUUAAAAGGCUUCAAACAGAUCCAAGCCUACCAUCGCGUCAAGGACGUCCUGUACACAAUGGCUCGCCUCUUCCACGCUCAAGAUCUGAUCAAGGAACGGAAUCAAGUGUCGGCCGAAUUCAGGAAAAUCGAAGAACAACAUCCCACCUUCAUAUCCACCAAAGUGGCUCUUAUGCUCUAGCCAAGUCUUAAAUACAUACUACAAAAUACUC